AUGGCCGGUUAUGAUGGUGCGCUAUCAUCAUCACAAAAAAUUGAAAUUAAUACUCCUUUCUACCUCGGUGCACAUGACAGGCCGGGGGAUUUUAUCACACCCAUUAAACUUAAACUUGAUAAUUUUGAUUCAUGGUCUCAUGCCAUUAAAGUUGCUCUUUGUUCUCGGCGUAAAUUCGGUUUUCUUGAUGGCACGAUUACGGAUGUUGUGUCACCCGCAACAAAGGAGGAUUGGGUCGUGGUACAGUGUAUGCUCGUGUCAUGGCUCAUGAAUACAAUCGAUCCUGAGGUAAAAUCUAUGCUUUCCAACUAUGAUAAUGCUAAACACUUGUGGGACGAUUUACAUGAACGGUUUUGUAUAGUGAAUGGACCUCGGAUUCAUCAAUUGAAAUCUCAAAUUAAUAAAUGUGAGCAAACGAAAACCAUGUCUAUCGCAAUUUAUUUGGAAAAUUGA